CAAUAGCGUCAGAGCGCUGCACGCUCGCGGCGUACAGCACCUCAACGUCGACGAGCAUUGCAACUCUACCACAACCUCGUCAUGGCCGGCACACGAAGAUCUACGCGUCAAACGGCAGCGGCAGCACCGGAAUACAACCAAGACGACACUUCAUCCGCCGAAGAGACACAGCCCAAGCGCAAUGCCAGACAGGCGACGCGUCGCAAGCGUGACCGCGAAGACGACCCCGACCAAGACAAAGCAGACAGCAGCGCUGCUCCGCCCAAAAAAGCUGCUACAACCAAGUCUAAAGCUCCUAAGACGAACUCUCUACCCGCGCCUGUUUCAUCCACCAACCGCGACGCGACCGGCGCCCAAGAAGUCUACUGGCUGCUCAAAGCCGAGCCCCUCCCGCGCUACGAGAAUGGCGUAAACGUCGCCUUCUCUAUCAGCGACCUGCGCGCCUGCACGGAACCCGAGCCCUGGAGCGGCGUCCGCAACCCGCAGGCACGCAACAACAUGCAGGCCAUGCGCAAAGGCGACCUGGGCUUCUUCUACCACUCCAACGCCAAGCCUUCGGGUAUCGUAGGUAUACUGCGUGUUGUUGAGGAAGCAAAGGUUGAUGAGACGGCCUUUGACCCCAAGGAUCCCUACUAUGACAAGAAUAGCCAGAGGGAGAAGCCCAAGUGGUUUUGUGUAGACGUCGAGUUUGUGAGCGAGUUUGAGAAUGUGAUAGAUUUGGCGAAGAUUAAAGAGUUUGCCAAAGGGGGGCCGUUGAAGGAUAUGCAGCUUGUCACAAAUUCGAGACUGAGUGUGAGUAGGGUAAGGAAGGAGGAGUGGGAGUUUAUUCUAGGGUUGGCUACGGGCAGCAAGGAAGUUCAGGCAGAGAAGAGAGAAGAGCCACAUGCAGUCGUAGAAGCUUGAUUACGUCGUGAGUUGAUUCGAGAUACCCCUUGUAAGAUCACCGUUUCAUGUUAUAUCGUCUUCAAUGUCUUUAUGGAUUUCGCACCCUGUACUGCCCAUAUUAAGACCUUGCGUCAGACUGAGCUACUCCUUAAUACUGAAGCGCUUGGAUGAUCUUCGGACUGUUAAAGAAAGCGCAUCGCUCCUGUAAUCUCUGCUCUGCCAUCUCUCUUGUCGCGUUCUCCAUGCCCAGCGCACUAUUACUCGGAUGCGAGCCACCAAUCGUCCUGACAUACGGACCGCCUAAAAUGUCAAUGUACGGAGUCAGUGUAUGUCUCACACGCAGUUCGCAAAUGGGAGAUUUGGGAGAUUUUACCUGGCCGGCUAAAUGCCUCAUC